CUCAAUUGACCAGAGAGUCUAUGCCUUGAUGUUCAAGUAAUCCUACAGCUUCAAUUGCAUUCACAUCAUCACCAUCGCCAUGCCUCUCUUCCGUAACGUCCUCCGCGCGACUCAAACCACCGUCCGCCCUCUCCACACGACUUCUCGACUACGGGUGCCCUACAAGGACUCUCAAGACCGCGAAUCGCUGCGCCCGGUGAGCAACGAGAACACAAAGUCUGGGCGUGACGAGCAGAUGACUAGCGAGCACGCUGAUACGGCCUUUGACCCCAACACGACACGACCAGAGGAAGAAGCUGCCCAGACACGGCAAAGCACCAGCAAGAAGGGCCCUGAGGGCGAAGAUCCUCUGCACGCGAGCGGUGCGAAUCAAGACAUUAGCAAGCCGUUGGGAGAUGAGAAUACGAUCAAGAAGACUGGUGCUGGGAAAGAGACAUCCAAGGGAGGGGCAAGCCGGAAAGGAAGUGCGUCAAAGAAGGGACAGCCGAAGAAGGCGUGAGUUUGGGAACUACAAUGGAAGUCAAGGGGUCUAGUGCAAGAUGGACGACUUUUUGGAGGAGACGCUGGAGUUCGGUACUCAGGGCUACCGUUGACUCGUGGAUGAGUCGGUUACCAAGGCCAUAUUCUCUAAUGAACGAGCUACGGCUAUAGUGCCAGGCGAGACUACCAAUACCAACCUGUGGCUAUGCCUUGACAC